GUCUGAACACCAUUACAUAUAAGAUCUAUCGGACUAAAGCGAUAUUCUGCUGCUUCCACUGCUUCUAGCAGUCUCCUAGCAAGGCAGCAUAUUCAUAACCAGCGUUCGGGGACACGCCCGAACCCUGUGGGGACAAGCCUUACGUCUCGUCCCAAUUCCCGAAAACAAAUCAAAAGAUUCCGAUCAGUGGCCAAGUAGGAUUCACAACCUCAUCACCUCGAAAAUGAGGCUCCUUGACACAGAAACGCUCAAGCUGCACGAGUUCUUCGGAGACAACAUCCCACCGUACGCUAUCCUGUCGCACCGGUGGGAGGAUGGCGAGGUCUCGUUCCAGGAUAUGCAAGAUCCCCAUACGGCGUCACAAAAAGCAGGAUGGACCAAGAUCAAGAGGUUCUGUGAGAAAGCUGCCCGGUACAGUUACGAAUACGCCUGGGUCGACACCUGCUGCAUCGAUAAAACGAGUAGUUCCGAGUUGUCUGAGUCGAUCAACUCGAUGUAUCAGUGGUAUAGCAAAGCGUCGUAUUGUUAUGCAUACUUGAGCGAUGUGAGGAUCCGAGAUGUGAGGACCGGAACCAAGCUGCCGUGGUCUUCAGGCUUUCGCGAUGGUGAGCCACUGCUUUCGGUCUACCACCAGUUUGCAGAAAGCCAGUGGUUCACAAGAGGAUGGACGCUUCAAGAGCUCAUAGCACCGUGGGACGUCCUUUUCUACGACAUGGAGUGGUGGACCAUUGGCACGAAAGCGGAACUGCUUGAUCCGCUUGUGGAAAUAACUGGAGUCGACCGCAGAAUCUUGGAAGGAGAUCACCCUGGAGAGGUGAGCGUGGCGAAGAGGAUGUCCUGGGCGUCAAAAAGGAUGACGACUAGAGACGAGGAUCGAGCGUACUGUCUGCUCGGCCUAUUCGAUGUCAACAUGCCAUUGCUUUACGGCGAAGGAAGGAAGGCAUUCUUGAGGUUACAAGAAGAGAUCAUAAAGACUUCAGAUGAUGAAUCACUAUUUGCUUGGAGUUUGCGUUCCCUUGUUUCCACAGAUGGAAUCCUAGCCCCAUCACCAGCUGAAUUCAGCAAGUCUUCUUCUAUUGAGGCCAUUCCUGGCCAUGGAGGUCACGAGUACUCUCUCACUAAUAAAGGGUUAAAAAUCACCCUUCCACUAAUACCGUGGGAUAUGGAUGUAUAUCUGGCUCUAUUGCGGUGCCGCGAGUCCAAUGCUGUCACGCAAGACUCGGGGGAAACGAGUUCCAAGAUUGUCGGCAUCUUUCUGAGGGAUACUAAAGGUCCUACUGGAAAUCGAUUCGUAAGGGUGGCGGUAGGAGGAGACAGUUGGAUCAGCAUAGAUCCUUACCCAAUGCAGCUGACGGAGUCCGAAGAGAGGAGGUUGCCCAAGGCUGAGGAAAAGACCAUAUAUGUUCCUCGAAGACUCACCUACAAAGACAUUCCAGGGCUAACAUUCAUGUACGGAUUUCAGAUACAAAGGAUUUAUGAUGCUACCAUUCUCGAAGUAUACCCGGAAGAGCGCUGGGACUCGACGGAUGGAUAUCUAACAAUGCCGCCAGGACCGCAAAUUACCACCGGAGUGUUGCUCUGUGGCAACGAGCAUGCCAAAUUCACGGUUCUGCUCGGAUUCAGAGAGGGUUUUCAGCCAUUCGUUCGCAUACAACCAUUUGCUUGCAUGCCGUUCCAGGAAAGAGAAACACUUCAAGGGGUGCUUGAUGAUGUUCCGAAGUGUGCACCGGAGAGAAGAGCCGAAAUGCUUUUUGGCCGAUGGAAAACAAACAGUUUCGUUGCAACAGCAGUAAUAACAGAAAAUGAUCUGCGAUAUGAGGUUGAUAUCGAUGUAUCCCAACGCCGAAGGACUGGAUAAUAUGAUACAAUCAGAUAAAAGCGGUCAUUAGCAGCUGUUUUGGCGGAACAUGGCGCGGUCUGGCGUUCCAAACAGCAUGAAAUGUUUGUCAAUUUCAUAUACUUCUUUACCCUCUUUAAGUUACACGAAAUAUAUUUUGCAUAC